UCAUCCCACACACCUUCCUGCAGGGGAAGCCCCAACACCCGAAGCCAAGAUGUCCAGCAAGCGGGCCAAGGCCAAGACCACCAAGAAGCGGCCACAGAGGGCUACAUCUAAUGUCUUCGCCAUGUUUGACCAGUCCCAGAUCCAGGAGUUUAAGGAGGCCUUCAACAUGAUCGACCAGAACCGUGAUGGCUUCAUCGACAAGGAGGAUCUACACGACAUGUUGGCUUCUCUGGGGAAGAACCCCACGGAUGAGUACCUGGAGGGCAUGAUGAGCGAGGCGCCAGGGCCCAUCAACUUCACCAUGUUCCUAACUAUGUUCGGGGAGAAGCUGAACGGCACAGACCCUGAGGAUGUAAUCCGCAAUGCCUUUGCCUGCUUUGACGAGGAGGCCUCAGGGUUCAUCCAUGAGGACCACCUGCGGGAGCUGCUGACCACCAUGGGUGACCGAUUCACAGAUGAGGAGGUGGAUGAGAUGUACCGGGAGGCACCCAUUGAUAAGAAGGGCAACUUCAACUACGUGGAGUUCACCCGCAUCCUCAAACACGGCGCCAAGGACAAAGAUGACUAGGCUAUUAUUGGCUGUCCCAAUGCCCAAACCCUAUCACUUCCCCAACACACACACUGCACCCUCCACGAGGAGUUGGGGUCCCAGCUCCCAGGGCAGGAAAUGAGCUGUAAGACCCAUGGGGGAGGCAGGUGUUCCACCAUGGCCCCUGGCACCAGAAGGAUCU